AUGGGAGAAACUGGCUCUGGAAAGUCCACCAAAUUGCCUCAAUUUUUACAAGAUGCGAGACUUUUUGACGGAGUUGUUGCUUGUACUCAGCCAAGAAGACUUGCUGCCAUCUCUCUUGCCACCAGAGUCGCUAAAGAGCGCCAUUGUGAAUUAGGCCUUGAAGUCGGGUACUCCGUUCGUUUCGAUGACAAGACAACCAAUCAAACUCGAAUUAAAUAUAUGACGGACGGUAUGCUUUUGCGCGAAGCUCAAAGCGACUCGAGCCUUUCAAAAUAUGGUUGCAUUGUUCUCGAUGAAGCCCACGAGAGGACAGUCAAUACUGAUAUUCUUUUCGGAAUAGUGAAGAUGGCUCAGGAAAGAAGGGCGCUGAAAUCAGGGGAAAAAAGAUUAAAGAUAGUAGUCAUGUCGGCGACAAUGGACGUGGACCACUUCGAAAAGUACUUCCGCUGUAAAGUCGUCUACAUUACCGGCCGAACCUUCCCUAUUCAAGUCCGUUACGCAACAGAAGACGUCGACGACUAUGUAGGAACCACGAUUUCAACAAUUUUAAGUCUCCAUCAAUCAGUUCCAAUGGACGAGCACUUCUUAGUCUUCCUUACAGGGCAAGAUGAAAUUGAAUCAUGCAUUGCAGUUAUCAAAGAGUCGAUACAAGCAAGAGGAAUUAUAAGAAAGAUGGAGCUGCUCCCUCUCUACGCUUCGUUGAGUCAACAGUACCAAGAAAAAGUUUUCAAAAAUUACAAAAAAGAUCAACGAAGAGUGAUAAUUUCCACAAAUAUUGCCGAAACGUCCCUUACGAUUCCUGGCAUCAGACAUGUAAUUGACUCGGGAAAGGUCAAACAGAAACAAUUUGUCGCGAAUACAGGCAUGCAGCUGCUCAAAGUAUGUCCAUGCUCGAGGGCGCAAGUAUGGCAGCGAGCUGGUAGAGCCGGUCGAGAAUCGGCAGGCAAUGUCUACAGGUUGUUUUCAAAAGGCCAAUUUGAGAAAAUGGGCCUCGCCACUGUACCCGAGAUUCUUAGAAGCCCCCUAAGCACAGUUUGUCUCCAACUCCUAAAUGCCGGAAUAAAGAAGAUCGAGCAGUUUCCCUUCAUCGAUCCUCCACCAUCUUCUUCACUGAAAAAAGCUAUCGACGAAUUGAGCAUUUUCAAAUUAGUGCACGGGUCUCCACAGGGCGGAAUUGAAUUGACAGAUUUGGGGAAGAAAGCGGCCAGGUUUCCAUUGGAACCAAGAUUGAGCAAGACGCUGUUGAUUUCCGCAGAUCUGAAGUGCUCGGAAGAUGUGAUUAUAAUCGCAGCGAUGCUUUCUACGGAAAAUAUAUUUAUUUGCCCUAAUAAUAAGAAAGAAGAAGCUCGAGCAACCCACCAGAAGUUCCAAACAGCAGAUGGCGAUUUGCUUACAAAGCUGAACGUUUUUAAAGCAUAUCGAAAAGCAAACGGCGAUCGAAAUUGGGCUCACACUCAUUUCUUGAGCCCGCGUCAUUUGAACAGUGCCAUGGAAAUACGAAAGCAAUUGAGAGAGAUAUUCAUUAGUUUGAAGUUGGAUCUUAUCCACGACUCGGGAAAAACAACAGCUGCUAUUAGAGAGUCGUUUGCAAGGGGCAUGUUUAUGAAUUGUGCCGAAUUACAGCCGGAUGGAAGGUAUCAGGAGUUCGGGCAAAAGUUGAAUGUCAAGCUUCACCCGUCCUCUGUCCUUUUUGGAGCAAAGCCGCCAUUCAUUAUCUUCAACGAGCUGGUAGAAACCAACAACGUCUAUGCCCGAGAUGUUACAGUAGUCGAGCCCGAGUGGGUUCUCAAAGAAGAGAUUAUAAUGUCAUAUGGACAGGAUACAGAGACGCGGUUGAGCGAUGCUCCUACAGAUUCAAUUUCAUCCCUUCAAUUCGAUUCAACUGGGAGAAAAUUGUUGUGUGCUGCGUGGGACUCAAAGUUGAGAAUUUACGAUGCUCAGGCUGGAAUACUAGAAUGCGAUUUCAAAAGUCAGGCUCCGCUGCUUGACGCUGUCUACGAAGAUGAUAACCAUGCUUGGUCUGGCGGGCUUGCCAGACGAGUUACGCGGUAUAAUAUUGAACGCAAUAUGGAGGAUAACAUUGGUACGCAUGAAGAGGCAAUCAGCUGCUUGGUAAAGUCCAAAGAAAAGGGCUGCAUUAUUAGUGGAUCAUGGGAUCAAGAAAUCACUCUCUGGGAUCCUCGACAACGAUCGCGAAUCGUGAGCAGACCGCAGAAUGAGAGAGUUUAUUCUAUGGAUACAGUCGACAAUCAACUUGUUGUCGGAACUGCGCAACGAAAAAUACUCAUCUGGGAUCUGCGAAAUUUGGAUAUUUGCGAGCAAAAAAGAGAUUCGAACUUGAAAUAUCAAACAAGAUGCAUCAAAUGCUUCCCAAGCGGAAUUGGCUUCGUCAUGGGUUCCAUCGAGGGUCGAGUGGCUGUCGAGUACUUUGACGUCGACGCUGAAGUUCAGCGAAAACGCUACGCUUUCAAAUGCCACCGCCAGAAAAACGAAGAUAUAGAAGAAAUAUACCCCGUCAAUGCUCUAGCCUUCCACCAGAAAUACCAAACAUUCGCCAGCGGCGGCUCAGAUGGAUUUGUUUCAACUUGGGAUGGAUUCAACAAAAAACGACUGGCAAUUUAUCGACGCUACCCAACAAGUGUUUCUGCUCUUGCUUUCAGUCCUCAAGGCGACCAGCUCGCCAUCGGAUCCUCCUUCUUGGACGAAAUCGACGUCCAAGGCGACCGCUACAUUCCAGAACCUCAACUUUUCGUUCGCCAAAUGGCCGACGCAGAAAUCAAACCCAAGAACAUGUCAACUUAG